AAAUAAAACGCGUUGGCCGCACUAAGCUUUUUGACGGCGAAGAAAAGAAUUUGUACAAAUUAUUGUCAUGACUUCCUCUCUCCGCCACCUCUCCGCUCAACCGACCUCCUCUCUUUUUCAUCACCAGUAGGCAUUUUUAGAGAGAGAAACUAAAACGUAUACACACACUUUCUCUCUCUAUAUAUACGUAACGAAAAGCUAGACAGCGAAACCAUCCUUGAGAGAUUUCCAAGUCCCCUGUCGCGUUCGUUGCAUUUGCCUUCCUGUCUGCCCACCUGUCUUUUCCCCCAUUUUCCGAUACCAAACCAUCUACAAAACUGCAAGCCCUAGAGAGAGAAAUCAGACUUCCUUCGACGUGGUGGUACAAAGGCACAUGCGACUCCUCCUGGUUACUUCGUACGUCUGGAGAAUAAUAGAGAAGAUCGUUUUUCGAGAAAGAAAUCAAGUAUGCGCAGGUGGCUGUGUUGUACUUGUCAAGUAGAAGAGUCUUACCCAUCAAAUGAUGAUGAGUUCGUAAAAAGUCCAAAUGACAAUGCAGAUGGAUACCAUAAAGGGUCAAAGGUUUCAGCUCCUGUUAAAGCUGAACCACAAAAGGCAGUACCACCUAUUGAAGUUCCCGCACUUUCCUUGGAUGAGCUAAAAGAAAAAACUGACAAUUUUGGAUCGAAGGCAUUGAUUGGCGAAGGAUCCUAUGGAAGGGUAUAUUAUGCAGACUUAAAUAGUGGGAAAGCUGUAGCUGUGAAGAAGCUUGAUGUUGCAUCUGAUCCUGAUGAGUCAAAUGUUGAGUUUUUGACUCAGGUUUCCAUGGUUUCGAGACUCAAGCACGAAAAUUUUGUAGAGUUGUUUGGAUACUGUGUUGAAGGUGAUAUCCGUGUUUUAGCAUAUGAGUUUGCAACCAUGGGAUCUUUACAUGACAUUUUGCACGGUAGAAAGGGAGUCCAAGGGGCACAGCCAGGUCCUGUGCUUGACUGGAUGCAACGUGUGAGAAUUGCUGUUGAUGCUGCAAGGGGAUUGGAGUAUUUGCAUGAGAAGGUUCAACCUUCUAUAAUACACAGAGAUAUUAGAUCUAGCAAUGUGCUCCUAUUUGAGGAAUUUAAAGCCAAGAUUGCAGAUUUCAACCUUUCAAAUCAGGCUCCUGACAUGGCUGCUCGCCUUCAUUCUACAAGAGUUUUAGGAACCUUUGGAUAUCAUGCGCCAGAAUAUGCAAUGACUGGACAAUUGACGCAGAAGAGUGAUGUGUAUAGUUUCGGGGUUGUCCUGCUAGAGCUUUUGACUGGGAGGAAACCUGUUGAUCAUACAAUGCCUCGUGGACAGCAGUCUCUGGUUACUUGGGCUACCCCAAGACUGAGUGAAGACAAAGUUAAACAAUGUGUAGAUCCAAAGCUCAAGGGAGAAUAUCCUCCAAAAGGUGUUGCUAAGCUGGCUGCUGUGGCAGCAUUAUGCGUGCAGUACGAGGCUGAGUUCAGGCCAAAUAUGAGCAUUGUUGUUAAGGCUCUCCAACCGCUUCUGAAGCUGCCUGCUACUGCCCCUGCUCCCGAGGUCUAAGCCAAAUAAAGUGCAAAGAGCAUUGCCAGGCUUUGUAGAUGAAGCUAGGUUCAUACCAGCAAGUUGGGCUUGGCUGAAGUCGGUUCGGCCAUUAAAGAGACUCGGAAUAAUAUUCUGCUACUACAUUGCAGACAGUCUGAUCGAAUCUAUAAGAGGUUGAAUACUGGAAGCUCAUCUUCUUCCAGGGUUCAUUAAAAACCGAAAAUGAGGUCUCAAUAUUGUCAGUUUGAUUGUGAAAAACCUGAAUCUAAUUCCAGUGACAUCUUGGAUUUUAUUUGUUGAUAUGUGAAGGGGUGAAGAUUUAUUUGGAUUUAGAUUGCAUUUAAAAAUAUGAAAAGAAUUACUGAUUUUAAGAA